CCUCCCUCCAUCCCUCCCUCUGCCUGUGAGGAGCUGCAGACAUGGCUCUUAGCAAUUUCCUCUUUGCUCAGUGCAUCUGCUACUUCCUGGCCUUCCUCUUCAGCUUCAUCGUAGUGGUGCCGCUGUCUGAGAAUGGCAACGACUUCCAUGGCCGAUGCUUGCUCUUCACCGAGGGCAUGUGGCUCAAUGCCAACCUGACCGUGGAGCGGCAGCGCUUCACCGUGCAGGAGUGGGGGCCCGAGGCCGCCUGCCGCUUCAGCAUCUUCACCGGGCUCCUCUCCUUGCUGCUGGCUACAGUGCAGGCCUGGCGGACACUCUUCUUCCUCUGCAAAGGGCACGAGGACUCUUUCUUUUAUGCCUUCCUGAAUCUGCUGAUCAGCGCCUUUGUGGUGUUUAUCACGUUUAUUGCUAGCACUAUAGUGAGUGUAGGAUUUAACAUGUGGUGUGAUGCAAUUACUGAAAAAGGAAGCAUGCCAAAUAGCUGUGAAGAAUUACAGGAUAUAGAUCUUGAACUGAACUUGGAAAACUCUGCUUUCUAUGACCAGUUUGCUAUUGCACAGUUUGGUCUGUGGGCUGCCUGGCUGACUUGGCUGGGAAUCACCAUUCUGGCUUUCCUGAAGGUGUAUCACAACUACAGACAAGAGGACCUGCUAGACAGUCUGAUCCACGAGAAGGAGUUGUUGUUAGGAAGAUCCUCUUCACGAACCUCUUUGCAAGAUGAGAAAAGUGCCAUGAUCUAAAGUGUAAGCAAACUUCCAGGGCAGGAUCUAGUAUUUAUUAUUCAAUAGUUCAAGAUGAUGUUGAGUCAGAGUAUUGAGUGUGUGAGAUCUUUUCUUUCCUGAAAAAGGAUGUACUUGUCAAUCACUCGCUUCCUCAAUGAAAAAUUCUUGGCAGAAGUAUUUAUGUUAGGAUACAGAGAACAAACUGCCACGUGUGCCUUUGGCGCAGCAAAAUUUCUGUCCUGCACAGGCAGGGAGCAGCACAGCCUGUAAUCCGCUGUUGCUAGCAGAGCUCCUGUAUGCUAUUGCUGCCUUUUGUGUCAGUGGCCAUUUCUGAGCACCAUGCUGGCAAAAGCGGGCUACAGAGUCUAGGCUAUUCCUCCAAACUAUUCUGCAACAACAGCUGUAACCGGAGCUGUGUCCAGGCCCUCUUCUCUCUGUCUCUUCCCUUUUGACAGUAAAUCUGUCCCAUUCUCACUUUAUUCUGAGCAACUGCAGCUCUGGUCCAGGUCCAGGCUAUUGCUGUCUCUGUUUUUGCUAUGUGUGGACACCAUGCUGUUGCUCCUGCUCUGAUUUCAAGUUUGUUUAGAACAUAAGACCUAUGUUCCAGAUGAUAAUUUAUUAUUAGACGGUUUUAAUUACUUUCAUGAAAAUACAAUAUUAUUACAGUGUCUGUAAAAAGCUGUGUGUCAUUUCGAGGGGUGAUGAUGGUGAUGAGUUGAUGGCUGGGCUUGGUGACCUUAGAGAUCUUUUCCAACCUUAAUGUUUUUAAGAAUGUUUGUGUUUUUGUUUCUUCUUAGAUUUUGGCAUGGCCAUCAUUUAUUAUGGCUUCUUGAAGCGUAGCUUAGCUAGCAAUUCCUGAAGCUUGCAUACAAAGAAAUUAAGCCGAAUUCAUAGGAUUAGUGCUCGUGCAUUUGUAAAAGUAACUUGGUCCCUAAUACUGUAUGCUAUUGAGUUCUGAAUAUUAUAGUUUACUUGUUGUAUUUAUUUCAUAUAGAGUAUGCAAAAUUACCGUAAGCAUUUGCAUUGUAGGUAUCACUAUGUAUCUAUCAACAUAGCAAAGAGCAUGAACAGCUGAACUAUUCUAUAGGUAGCUCAGUGCUGAAUGGGCCCAUUCUCCACACUCCCAGGCAGGAGUUCCAGGGCUGACAAAUUUUGAUGUGAAAAGGGAGAACUGUUACUUUCACAAAGCUCACUAGUGAUCCAGUUGUUGCUUUCAGUUUUGCUUAGCCAGCACUUCAAUGAAUGAGGUAGAUAAGAAGUAGGUCCAAUAAUUAAGAAGAAUGACUCAGAUGAAUGUGAGAUUUGCAUGGCAGAGAAAAAAAGUUGUGCUAGAAUUAGGCAGUUAUCCCCGUGUGCACAAUGUACACAAGACCCUCAUUCAGCAGAAAACUUCAGCAAGAAAUUACGUUUCUAAGAGUACCCUGACACUGCCUGUGGCAGCUGAGCCUGAGUUGACACUGAAUUUACUGCAACACAGGUGCAAAUCAUACCCAUCUAUACUGCCUGGUGGAUAGGCCUGAGGAGAACUGGCUUCUACCAUUUACUAGUGUCUUCUGGGACUGUCUGGUACUUAAAGUUAAGUACCUGUUUAAGUGGCUGAAACAGAAUUUGAAGUCAUAACAAAUCUUGUCAUUUUCAAAGAUUUUACGGCAUAAAAUCUAACAGUACAUUUAACAACCAAAUUGUUCUCAUAGGUUUAGGGGAAAAAAAAAAAAGCAAACGG